AUGACUGGCGAAACCCCCCAACCAGGCCAAGCCGACCUCCCUUCGGCUAAGAGCACGGCGUCAUACUGGCACCGCGAGCCCUCCAAGACGUUGCUUGGCCACAGGACCACGAGGGACCUGCCGCCGACCGCGGACAUUGUCGUCGUCGGCAGCGGCAUCACGGGCGCUUUUGCUGCCAAGGAGCUGCUGGAGCGGGCUGGCACUACCGGGGAGGGAAGGAGGGUCGUUCUGCUUGAGGCGCGAGAGGUUUGUUGGGGAGCUACUGGGCGGAACGGCGGCCAUUGCCAACCAGUAGCCUACAACCCAAACACCGCCAUCGCAACAUUUGAGCUCGCAAACUACGCUCACCUCCGCGACCUCAUCGCCAGCAACGCCAUCCCCUGCGACUGGGUCCCCCUCCGCGGCGUCCACGCCCUCCUGACGCCCGACCUCGUCGACGCCGCCCGCAAGCAAAUCGCCGCUCUCCCGCCCCGCUUCGCAUCCCUCGCGCGCCUCGUCACUGACGCAGAGGAACUCGCGCGCCUCCGAAUCCCGAACGCCGUCGGCGCCGUCGUGCAGGAGGAGGCGGCGAGCGUGUGGCCGUACAAGCUCGUUGCGUGGAUCUUUGAGGACUUGCUGCGGCGGUUCGGGGUCGACAAGGUCGGGGAUGACAACGCCUUGUCAGGUGGGGGACACGAGCAAGAUGUCGUCUCCUUCAACAUCCAGACCUCCACGCCCGUAAUCCGCCUCCAGCACCUCCCACCCACAACCUCCUCCUCCUCCUCCUCCUCCACACCAUCAUGGAUCCUCCACACCCCGCGCGGCCAAAUUGCAACCGCACAAGUCCUCCUCGCCUCAAACGCAUACACCUCGCGCCUCCUCCCCCGGUUCGCUGACCUCGUCGUUCCGGUACGAGGCCAAGUCGCGUCCCUCUUCCCGCCCCGCCCCCGCGCUGAGCUCGGGAGGAGCUACGUCUUCAUGGCGAGCUCCGAUGCUGACAAGGGUGAGCCGAACCAGGAUGAUUACCUGAUCCAGCGGCCUAGUCCCGGGCUGGAGAUGAUUCUGGGCGGUGGGCGGGCGAGGGGCACGGUGCGCGGGGUGGGUAUUUCUGAUGAUGACGAGGUUGAUGCUGUUGUUGCGAGGUAUUUGAGAAGGGCUGGGGCGGGGAACCUGGAUCUUGCGCAGGACGAAGAGAACAGCGCCAACAACAGCAAGAAGGAGCUGGAGGCGAGUCACGAGUGGACGGGCAUCAUGGCCUUCUCGCGCGACGGACGGCCGUGGGUCGGACAGGUGCCCGCCGGGGCCGUCCUCGGCGGCGGGGAAGAGUUGUGGGUCUGCGCCGGGUAUACAGGGCACGGGAUGCCGCAGGCCGCGCUGUGCGGACGGGCUGUGGCGGGUAUGAUGAUGGGGGGCAGCGGCGGGGAGGCGAAGGAGUACAGCGAGGAAGAGAAGCUUCCGGCUGAGUUUCUGGUUAGCGAGGAGAGGGCUGAGAAGGCGAGGGCUUUGCCUUCCAUCAAGGAGAUGGAUGACUUGGACAUGUUCUUGUUGUAG